GUGGUGCACACUCUAAAGUGUGGAAAGUACUGUUCUUGACAGGAUACCAAGGCAGACUAAACCGAUACCAUCUCGCCACUUCUUGCCCUUCAUCGGCGACCCCUGCUAGCGCAACGCGACUCCCCCAACCGUGCGCAGGUUCACACUUCUGGACAUUUCAUCACCUUCUCAUGACCACACUGAAACUGACAGUUGUCGAUUCUUCAAAGCGAUGAGUUUUUUAAGCAGCAUUUGGCAACUACUCCCGAGCGUGGACUGGCUGUUCGGCACAACUGAGCCAACUGGCCCUUUCACACCAACCUACGCUGACGUCUGUCACGCCCGCGCCCUCCUCAAGACACUCAAACUGCCCACUGAACUAGUACUCAGCAUCCUGGAGCAUGCGCAAUAUUGGCCUAUUGCUGAAUUCUCUCAGAAUGGGCGCAAAGUCCAUGCCAACGCCAGCGCUAGCGCCAACAGCUCAUCCGCAGCAGCAUUGUGUCUCGAAGCCGAAAUAUACUCUGCAUCUGUCGUAGAAAGGAUACGUCUUGGUGGCGAAACAGUAAAGAUCAAGCGCAUUACCUUUGAUGUGAUGAGCAGAGACCAAGGAUGGACAAGCGAAGACACACAAGGCACUUUCUCGACGUCUUCAUGGCUUGAAGUAUCUAUCCUGCGAGAUGCUUCCAACAUCAACAGUCGACUUCCUACUCCGCGGUUGGUCAAUACUUGGCUGAGCAGCCCAAUGGAUUACCAUACUAAUAUGGUUGGUCGUGGCUGGUCGCUCGUCAAGAGGCCAGAGAGCGCGUUGCAGGGACCGCAGGGGGGUGAGGGGGACUAUGCGUGGUAUUUGCAGGGCAAUCGCGUCAUGGCUUCGGGGCAGGAGUACCAUGUUGCUUGGGAAGAGCAUGGUUUGAGUGAAGUGAACGAGGGGAAUGAAGGCGCAGGUAGUGGAGAAGGCUUCUUGAAUGCGUUCAGACAGGGAGAUCGGGUGUUGGUGUGGGCGAGGGCCAAGGUACGGUCAAGACCACGAAUAUGGUUUUGACAUUACAACUAACUUUCUGAAUAGUACCCAGGAUGGCUGUGUAUCGUCGAUAACGUCAACAUCACUGUCCAUUAUGGCUUUUGAGCACCCAUCACACAACUGCCUGAGUACGAUGUUGGCAUUACUCAUUAUGGGGGUGCAAAUGCGUCUAUUCAAGCUCCUAGAUUGAACACGCCAUCUUGCUUUUAAGCGAUGACUCACUCUAAUG